CACACACACACACACACACACACAGAGUUUGGUCGUCAAUAUCUCGUCUUUGCUUCUUCUCCUUCUGCCCUUUUUCUGAUACAAAGUAUUCAUCUGUCUCUUAAAGCACAUCAAAAAAUUUGGGGUUAAAUCUUGUAGUUUGUGAUCACAAUUUCAUCUGAUGAGCAGAGAAUCAUGAGUUAUUUGAUAAGGGAAAUGAGAUAGUAUCAAAAAGCACAAGUAAUUUGAAGAGUUGUUAUAAUUAUGCGAACAUUGUGCGAUGUUUGCGAAAGGGCUGCUGCGAUUCUCUUUUGUGCAGCUGAUGAAGCUGCUCUUUGCCGUGCUUGUGACGAAAAGGUGCAUAUGUGUAAUAAGCUUGCCAGUCGGCAUGUACGGGUAGGACUUGCGGAUCCUAGUGAUGUACCACGCUGUGACAUAUGUGAAAAUGCACCAGCUUUCUUCUACUGUGGAAUCGAUGGAAGUUCUCUCUGCUUACAGUGUGACAUGAUUGUUCAUGUUGGUGGUAAACGAACACAUGGAAGAUAUCUGCUACUAAGGCAACGAGUCGAGUUUCCAGGGGAUAGAAGUGGUCGUGACGAUGAGUUAGGGUCGAAUCCUGUUGAUCCUGGUGAAGCAAGGAGGGAACCAAAUUAUCAACCCAAGCAUACAACAAGAGAUAACCAACAUCACCGCUUAUCUUCCAUAGGCAUGCUGGAAAAUAAUACUGAUGGUGUUGGCAGGAUGGAAAAUAAGCUGAUUGAUCUUAACUCCAAGCCUCAACGGAUGCAUGGGCAAACUUCAAACAAUCAGGAACAAGGAAUGGAUAUUAGUGGCAGUAAUAAUGAUUGUGCAAGCGUGGUUCCUGUUGGAUCCUUUAAAAGAGAGCCUGGGAAGUAACUGAGCAAGAAGAUGGUCUUGGAGAUUAUCACAGCAGGCGCUGCAUUGUUAGCCCUGAAUCGAGGGGAGAUCAACCGUUUUGAAGGCAUACUUUUUACCAUUUAAUGUGGUGGUCAUCCUCUCUUUUUUCCAAUUGCAGCAAAUGUUCAUUAAAUCUGAUGAUAGAGUUCCUUACUGUGACGGAAAAUCCAAGAUUGUUGGUGGCUCUCGAAACCCCGAAUUUGUAAUUGUUCAUAAAUGCGUUCUCUUUUCUCUUCGAAUCU